UUAUUAUUAUUAUUUUUUUUUUUUUUACACUUGUGCAAAAAGAUGCAGAGUCUUCUAGCACUUAGAGCAGUUCGAAAGACUAAUAUUCCAAUAGUCCUGUGCAAUGACCAUUGUGCAAAGGGCGCCGAGACUUCAAGCGAGUAGUGUGAUAAUCUGGGACAAUGUUGAUUGUGCAAAUGUUGCAGAUACUCCUCAAUCAGUGUGCAAAUGGAGCAGAUGCUACUCUGGCAUGAGUGGCCAGUAUUGGUCAACAACAGAUAUGCAAAUAGUGCAGCGUGGCGAGACUACCACAGUGAGUGCACGAGUAAUGUAUAAUUACACAAAUUAACAAACUCAAGUCAAAAUUGCCAGCAUGUUGUAAGGGAAUUGUAGGUUAGGUGUUUAAGAAGAGGGAAGAAGCUGUUGGAAUGUCUGCUAGUUCUAGUUUGCAUUGAUCGGUAGCGCCUACCUGAGGGAAGGAGCUGGGAGAGCUGGUGACCGGGAUGUGGAGGGUCCGAGAAGAUUUUGCACGCUCUUGUCUUAGUUCUGGCAGCGUGCAAGUCCUCAAGGGUGUGUAGGGGGGUACCGACAAUCCUUUCAGCAGUUUUGAUUGUCCGUUGCAGUCGGAGUUUGUCCUUUUUUGUAGCAGCACCAAACCAGACUGUGAUGGAAGAACACAGGACUGAUUCGAUGACCGCUGUGUAGAACUGGCUCAGCAGCUCCUGUUUAAGUUUAAUGUUCUCUUAUUAUUAUUGUUAUUAUUAUUAAACAAAAAGGUUUAAUAAUCACAUUAGAGACACAGAGGGAAUUAUAUGUAUAUGUAUACACAUUUAUUCACUUUGAAUCUGUGUGCAUGUUUUUCGUUAGCUUGGAGAAACGGAUGCUAUUGAAAUCUAUCCCUGUGAGGACAAACAGUUAAAAUCACUCAUGAGUCCGUUCACUGCAUAGUACGUUGUUCCUUGCGUGAACAAAUCACUCAUCGUGCUAGUUCGCAGUGAACUUCCGCAUGAAUCACUCAUGACAGGACAGUUCACUGCAUUCGUAGUAGUACAUCUUUUCUGCGAACUAAGAAGUUCAACCAACAAAUCACUCAUGGCUGACAGUACGUUCAGUACAUUCAGUUCAGUACAGUCCCGCCCUCUGUCGCUGGCUGCUCAUUGGUCAUUUGCCAAAGUGUGUGACAGAACGCUGGCAAAUCACAUGGCAGUACGUUUAGUGAAGUCACUCCCCCGCCUGCACAAUGGCUGCUCAUUGGUCAUGCGCCUAAGAUUCAGAAGUGAGUGACAGACCGUUACAGCAGUUCCGUUUCCGCUCCCAGCUGACUCGCUCACUGCGGCAGCCAAGCUCAAAGAAUGAAUCAACUCAUAAACUGAUUCAGUUCAGUACGUUCACCAAAAAGAUUUGUUCUUUUGAACAAAACUUUCAUGACAACACUCAUCCCACUAGUGCUCACAGCCCUUGGUGUGUAGUGUUUGCUAUGAUUGCUAUGAUGCACUGUGAUGUAUUAACCAACUCCACAACAUUUUAGGGAAAUUAGCAUCUACACUUGUUCUUCAAUUCUGCAAAAGUGAGUUUAAAAUGUAUAGUAAUUGAAUGAAUAUCAAUGACAUUGUAUUGGGUAUUCUUCUUGCUUUUUCAGCGGUAACAAUGGAAAGGUUAAAAGCUCUGGCAUCGACUGGAGGUCGGAAUGUUCAAGCAGCUUGCGACUGGCUGUUCUCCCGUGUGGACGACCCAUUCCUUGAUGAGCCGUGGCCCAGGGAGUUUGUCCUCUACCUGCGACCCAGUGGACCGCUCCAGAACCAGCUCUCUCACUUUUGGCAACAGAGUCGGGACAAAUGUGGCAAAAACAAAGCCCACAACAUUUUCCCUCACAUCACUCUGUGCCAGUUCUUCAUGUGUGCAGACCACAAGAUUGAGGCUCUAUGUGAGGUCCUCCAGACUACCGUACAGCAGUGGCGAGGUCGAUUUCCCAGCCUACUGCCCCUCGAACUGUACACAUCCUCCAACUUUAUUGGUCUUUUUGUGGAGGAGCAUGUGGCUGAUCUGCUCAAGCAGUUUGCGGCCGACUUCGGCACAGAGGCCGCCAGGAAAGCUGAGGUCCACGUGGCGCCUCAUAAGAAACAGCUCCAUGUCACACUGGCCUACAACUUCCCCUCCGAUCACCUCGCUUCACUGGAAAAACUGGCGAAGGGCAUUGAAGUCAAGCUAGGUUGUGAUUGGCUGGCAGUCCUCUUCUCCCGGGACAUUCGUUUUGCAAACCACGAGACUCUACGAGUGAUGUACCCCUACAUUCCACAAAAUGAAGAUGAGUUGGAGUUGGUCAUGGGAGAUUUUGUCUUCAUGUCUCCAUCUGACCAGAGUAAUGCCACAGAGGGUUGGGUGUACGGGACCUCCCUCGCCAGCGGGCUAUCAGGCUUGCUGCCCGAAAAUUAUGUGGGCUUAGCUGACGAGUCCGACACCUGGGUCUUCCACGGCUCCCAUUCAUUCUUCAGCUGUGGCCUGUCUGAUAGGUCCAGCAGGGAGAGGGGGAUGUUUGAUGGACCGGUGGACAGUCGACACCCUGAUACGAGUCCUGGAGACACGCCAGCCGUCAGUCUUAUUUGUCAUCCAGUGCAGCAGGUCCUGCGGAUUAGCGGUAAUCACACUCGGCAGCCUAAGCGGUUAUUUUUUGUUUGUCGACACGGUGAGAGGAUGGACGUGGUGUUUGGAAGACACUGGCUCUCCCUCUGCUCAGACAGUAAAGGUCGAUAUGUCCGUUCCAAUCUGAAUAUGCCUCUUACUUUGCCACUGUGGGGAGGACAAAGGGAUUACGACAUGGACGCACCCGUCACUGUGUUUGGAUCCAUGCAGGCACGAUUAGUGGGUGAGGCCCUUUCAGAAGGCAACACUGUGAUAGAUUUUGUGUACUGCUCUCCAGCUCUGCGAUGUGUUCAGACUGCACAGAGCAUCCUGAAAGGUAUGCAGCAGGAGAGCAAGCUAAAAAUACGUGUGGAACCGGGGCUUUUUGAAUGGACCAAGUGGGUUUCUGGGAGCUCCUUGCCAGCAUGGAUACCUCCUGCUGACCUGGCCGCAACCCAUUUCAGUGUGGACGCGACAUACAGACCGCUGAUCCCCAUCAGCAAGCUUACUGUGCCUGAAUCGUAUGAGAGCUACAUGAGUCGAAGCCACCGAGUGACCAAAGAGAUCCUAUCAGACUGCAAAAACUCUGGAAACAAUGUGCUGAUUGUAGCCCACGCCUCUUCCUUAGAGGCCUGCACACGCCAGCUGCAGGGUUUCGUCCCACGGAGCGCCAAAGACUUCAUCCAAGUAGUUCGAAAGAUCCCUUACCUGGGCCUCUGCUCCUGCGAGGAGCAGGGCGACUCGGGGCAGUGGCAGAUGGUCGACACACCCAUCCUCCCACUCACACAUGGACCAAACCACAGCUUUGACUGGAGGGAGACACUUUUGCAUGUGUAGCAUCCGUUGGAUAUGAAUCCCACCAAGUGCCUCCAAAUAUGUUCAUCUGGGCAACGGGGUGUUAGCUACACUACACGGGAGAAAUGUCACUGAAAUACAGCUGGAUCAAACUAUUUCUAUAUUUUAUGUAUGUUUCAGUGGAAUUUCCAAAGGUGAACGUAAUCCAUUCUAAGAUGGUGGUUGACUCUCAAGAUUUUAGAAGCAGAAUCAUCUUUAUUUGCCAAGUACGUCAAAAACACACGAGGGUUGGAGCCGACAACGGACGGCCAUUUUGACAAAAAUACUUUUUGAGACAUAGAAACGUAAAAACAAACACACUGCGGAGAGUCAUUGAGCAAUGAGAGGUUGCCGGUAAUGUGGUCAUGCUUUACUUGUAUGUAAUGUAAAUAUAUUUAAUUUAUUGAUAUUUCAUUCUAUUGCUCAUAUUAGAGUGAGGCAGACAGAACCUUCCCUAUGUCACAGUUGGCAACAUUCCCGGUUAUCAUUACACGCUUCCUCUUUUCCACGACUGGUAAAAUCUGCGGCGGCAUCCCAAAAAAAAAAAAAAAAAAAGCUAAGCAAAUAGUAUAGUAACAGUAGGAAUAAAACUCACAAGAGUUGCUGAAAUCACACAUGAUGAUGCUUUGGACUUUGGAGGUUCCACUGUAUGUUACAGCAGCACACUUUGCAUAAAUCGCGAUGUACUGGGAAAUGUUUAUCUGCCUUUUGAUUGGCUAUAAGCUGCGACGUUUUGACGGCCAUUCGAAUUUUGAAUGGCGGCAAAACCAGUGGCAGACUGAUCGGCCACUCGUGAACCAAACCACGCACGACGCACGACACUUCAGUCGGGUUCGGCGGCGGCGCUCUUUGUGCGGCAGCCUUUAGACGCCAUGAUUGUGCAAGUGACAAGUCACUGCGCUUAAAAGAAACCACGACAUCUGUCGCCCAAUCAGAUUGACAGUGACGUCACGGCCCUCCUCGCCCUGCGUUUUAGAAGCAGCUCGGAAGAGGUGCCAUUGUCACCGCCCGACCUCGAAAAAGUGUAACUGAAAAGCCACCAGACAGGGCGGAACCAGGCUGGUUGGGGUUAAAACCGGUGCAAUGGAAAAGGGGCAUCUGUUAACGUUUGUUUUCACGUUCUCCUGUAUUGUUGUUUUGGGUUUCCAAUUGGACGCGCGACCGAUUAAUCGGCUGGCCAUUACUUUUUCACAAAUGGCCACGUAGCUUGGAGUAUUUUUUUUUUUUUUUUUUUUCCUUAAUAAAAUCAACAUUUAGAAACAGAAUUUUGUUUACUUGGUUUAUCACAUUAACACACCUAUGUUUCUAUUUAUUAAUCAAUAUUUGCUUUAGAUGUGACAAAUGAUUUGUCAAAAUGAACAGUAUACAGGGAAGUAUGCUCUUUACCUCAGGUGUCAACUGCAUUUCACACUUGCAUCUCAUUCCCAUGAUGGAUUGUGUGUUUGCCGCGAGUCCCACCUCGCGUGAGAGUGACGAGUCCUACGCCUGAUUUGCCGAAAAUGAGUUGAGCUCGAGUCGCUUCUGAGGACCUUAUUCCAUUUGUACGCAUUGAAGUGUACAUUCACUACUGUAUGUGUGCUAGAUAUCAAUCAAAUCUCUCGAAGCACUUCCAUGUCCUGGGCCCAUUUUCUGUGAGCUAUUCCCAAAAAUUACAGGAGCAACAUACAGACAAAAGGCGAGCCAAAAUUAACUUUGCUGGUGAUUGUGGUUCAUAUCGUGUGUAUAUUGGAAUGAACGGGCAUAAAACAAUUCUGGUAUGCCCAAGUAAAUUGUUCAGAAGUAGAAGGCUCAACAUUGUAACUAUUCACUUGCACACAUAUUCCAAUAGAGAAGAAGAAAGAAGAAGAAAAUGCUUAUUAUAGGUUUUUUUUUUUUUUUUUGUAUAAUGGACCUUCCAAAGUUCAUUUGUUUUAGUUUAACGAAAAUGUUCUGGGAAAAUACGCCCCAAAAGUCAAGCAAAAGUAGUUAAAGGUCAUAGUUCAAACCCUCAUUAUACAAAUUAUAUUAACUCCACAAGCGUCUUUAGGUGUUGGUCAUGCGUUUUGUUUUUUUUUACUUUGCUUUAAUGCUACAAGAUGAGUGGUACUACUGAAAGUAUGAUGAUAACCACGAACAGGAAUGGAACUUAUCAAUAUUGUGACAUGGAAAAGUAAUUUAGCUGCUCCUUGCAAUAUGAGCAAUACAUAUGAAUAACAUGAAUAUUGUUUUGAAAAUCAGUUUCUUCUAUUUCAUAAUAUGUAGAGUCCACUGUUGCUUGAAAUUCAUGCGCCAAAUCUCACAUCUGUGUUAUUUCUUUUUUCUUUUAUAGACCUAGUUCCCUAAAAAAUAUAUUUUACGUCCAUUUUUGGAGGAAACUCGGAGCCAUGUGAUGAAAUGAAUCAUAGUGACUUUAGUGCUAUUUGCAUUUUAUUUAUUCUGUGAACAUUACAAUUUUGUACAACAUAUUUAUUUGGAAUUAAAGAUGUAAGUUUGAAAUAG